AACAGCCGCUUCCGUGUUGUUCUGGUGUUAUUCUGGUAAAUAUCUGUGGUUCUCGGAGCCGGAGCUCGUCUGACAGCCUCAGCGGGAGGACUUGAUCAUGAUCCUGUGAAGCUGACUCACCCUCUCAGCUUUCUGCGCCCGAAAUGUCGCUGCUCCAGAGCUCCAAGAAGAAAGACAAGCGUAUUUUGUCCGGUACCUGCCCAGACCCGAAAUGUCAGGCGCGGCUGUUCUUCCCGGCUCACGGCUCCAUCAGCAUCGAGUGCACCGAGUGCGGCCAGCGGCACGAGCAGAGGAACCUCCUAAAGGUGGAGGAGGUCACCGACCCUGAUGUGGUCCUCCAUAACCUGCUGAGAAACGCCCUGCUCGGAGUCACCGGGGCCCCGAAGAAAGGCACGGAGCUGGUCAAAGUCAUGGGGCUGUCCAACUACCACUGCAAGCUGCUGUCCCCGGUUCUGACCCGCUACGGGAUGGACAAACAGACGGGGAAAGCUAAGCUGCUGAGGGACAUGAACCAGGGGGAGAUCUUUGACUGCUCUCUGCUGGGGGACAGAGCCUUCCUCAUCGAACCGGACCAUGUCUCCACCAUGGGCUACGGGAAGGACCGCUCAGGUAGUCUCAUCUACCUCCACGACACCCUGGAGGAGGUGAAGAAGGCCAACAGCAACAGGGAAUGUCUCAUCCCGGUCCAUGUGGACGGGGACGGUCACUGCCUGGUCCACGCCGUGUCCAGAGCGCUGGUGGGCAGAGAACUGUUCUGGCACGCCCUGAGAGAGAACCUCAAACAGAACUUCAAGCAGAACCUGGACCGCUACAAGGCGCUCUUCCAGGACUUUAUCGACGCGGCCGAGUGGGAGGACAUCAUCAACGAGUGCGACCCCCUCUUCAUCCCGCCCGAAGGCGUCCCGCUCGGGCUGCGCAACAUCCACAUUUUCGGUCUCGCCAACGUCCUCCACCGGCCCAUCAUCCUGCUGGACUCUCUGAGCGGCAUGAGGAGCUCCGGGGAUUACUCCGCCACCUUCCUGCCCGGGCUGGUCGCCGAGGAGCAGUGCCGGGGGAAAGACGGGAAGCUGAAUAAGCCCAUCUGCAUCGCCUGGAGUAGCUCCAGCAGGAACCACUACAUCCCUCUGGUGGGGAUCAAGAACAGCGUGCUGCCCAAACUGCCGGCCCGCCUCCUGCCCAAGGCGUGGGGGAUCCCUCAGGAGCUCAUCAGGAAGUACAUCAAGCUGGAGACGGACGGGAGCUGCGUGAUCGGCGGCGACCGCAGCUUGCAGGACAAAUAUCUGAUGCGGCUGGUCAACGCCAUGGAGGAGGUGUUCAUGGAGAAGCACAGCAUCCACCCGUCGCUGGUGGCGGACGUGCAUCAGUACGUUUACAGGCGGACCGGCGUGAUCGGUAUCCAGCCUGAGGAGGUGACAGAGGCGGCGAAGAAGUCCGUGAUGGAGAACCGGCUCCACCGCUGCCUCAUCUGCGGCGCCCUCUCCGAGCUCCACGUCCCCGCCGAGUGGCUGGCUCCAGGCGGGAAACUCUACAACCUCGCCAAAUCCACCCACGGCCAGCUGAGGCCCGACAAGAACUACAGCUUCCCGCUCAACAACGUGGUCUGCUCCUACGACCCCCAGAGGGACGUCCUCAUCCCGGACUACAAACUCAGCUCCCUCAACACCUGCAACUGGUGUCACGGCACCUCGGUCCGCCAUAUCCGUGGAAACGGGUCCGUGGUUUACCUGGACGGGGACAGAACCAACACCCGCUCCCAGGGCGGGAAGUGUGGGUGUGGCUUUAAGCACUACUGGGAGGGGAAGGAGUACGACAACCUCCCCGAAGCCUUCCCCAUCACGCUGGAGUGGGGGGGCCGGGUGGUGAGGGAGACGGUGUACUGGUUCCAGUACGAGACCGACCCGGCUCUGAACAGCAACGUGUACGACGUGGCCAUGAAGCUGGUCACCAAACACUUCCCGGGAGAGUUCGGCAGCGAGAUCCUGGUGCAGAAAGUGGUCAACACCAUCCUGCACCACACCGCCAAGAAGAACCCGGACGAGUACAACCCCGUGUCCAUCGACGGCGCCCACGCCCAGCGUCUGACUGACGUGGCGGAGACCCCUCAGGCGGUGGACCCCCAGCCGCCAACCAAGAUCAUCCUGACGGGUCAGAAAGCGAAGACGCUCCACAAGGAGGAGCUGACCAUGAGCCGGGCGGAGCGCAGCAUCCAGCAGAGCAUCAGCGAGCAGGCCUUCGUCUCGCAGAAGAGACGGACCGACAAACUGAAGCAGGAGCAGAAACCGCACGCUCGCACCUCCUCCCCCAGCGGCUCUCCGGAAACCUCCUCCUCUUCUGCUCCCGCCACGCCCACCAAAUCCUCCUCCCCCGCCUCGUCCAGUAAGGAGAAGAAGAUCCGCGUGACCACCAGUGACGGCAGGCAGGCCAUGCUGACCCUGCAGGCCCACACCACCUUCUCCGAGCUGCAGAGGAGCAUCGCCAACCAGUUCGGCGUGCCGCCGGCCCAGCAGUGCAUCCGCUACGGCUUCCCCCCUAAAGAGCUGUCCCCCCCGAAGGACAGCGAGGAGAACGAGCCCGUGGCGCUGCAGCACGGCGACAGGGUGACGGUGGAGAUACUGAGGGGCCCCGACGACCAAAAGAGCCCCGCCUCCUCCAUCCCACGGGCCUCCAGCUCGCACUCGGCCCUGCACUCGGUGAAGAGCGAGGACGCCGGCAGGACGAGCAGCCGGGAGCUCCAGGACAGCAUCGACCUGGAGAUGUCCUCCCUCUGUCUCCUCGCCACCUUGAUGGGUAAGAAAAGAGUCCGACACCCUCACCUACCUAAAAAAAAAAAAGAAACGCCGUCGACCUGCGAGAACCAGAACCAGGUUUAAACUCAGAUUCAACUUCGAGUUUAUGGAACUUUUCAGACAAAAAGAUGAAGUUUAAAGUUCCUCACAGACGCUAAAAUCAACAACUAAACAACAAUAAAACCUGAACCCUCCCACCCAUGGACCCACACACACACACACACACACACACACACACACACACACACACACACACACACACACAGAGUGAGAAUUUAAGAUCGAUAAAGAGACAUGACCUGACACUGAGACAUUACGUGAGGAAAGAGCGACCUUUGGGAAACACUGGAGAUAAAAGAUGAAAAAUGGUAAAAAGACUAAAAAAAAGUAAAAUGAACAAAUAAGUAAGAGCUCUUUACCAAAAAUGGGGUGAAAGAAGUAAAAACCUCUAAGGCUGGAAUAAAGAAAAAGACUAAGAACAGAGAAAAUUAACAAGAUUUCAUAAAAGAAACAUGAAAAACUUCGAUUCAAAUGAACAUUUGCAGUAAAAGAAAUUUAAGACCUUAAAUCAAACUAAAAUCCUCUGGAGGAAUAACUUCCAGCAGGUCAUGUGACCAGGAUGCUUCAGCUGAAGGUCAUUUUAAUGUGGAUCAUUGAAUUAAAUCAUCGUCUGUCCGUCAAACUCCACGAUCUGAAGUUCAAUCAACAGCUGAUGGUUCUAUAAUAUAAGUUAGAACAGGAAGUCUGGUUAGUUUGUUACCAUGACGAUGUCACCGUCAUCUUUUAUAUAUGAGAGCGGACUCCGGCUGAAAUCACGAAGGUUCAUGUUGAUGUAAAUCUCAAAAACAAACAUGAAGGUUUGAUUUCAGAUGUUAAAGUCUCUCUGCAGCCUGAUAAACAAAGAUGUCAGAUAAUAACAAAAGUUCUCAACUGGUCUCACUCUGGGAUCCACAUUUUCCCACGGUCCUUCAGUCGUGACCCACUUUAAUAAAAUUCAAAACAAGCAGAUUUAUUUCUUCUAGAAAAAAAACCUUUAAAGACUCAAAUCUUUGACAUGAACACAACCACUUUAUUGAGCGAAGUGUAUUUCAGAAAACAUGAACUGAGGACGACAACUACCGAAGUUUCGUGUACAGAAAAUAUCGAAACGCACAAAAUGGAGACCAGCAAAAUGAAAAAAUGGACUUUCUUGGAUCUCUGUAUCCAGAGCAGAUUCAGAAGAACCUGAGGAGGACAAGAGUGAAUAAAUAUCAAAUUAAACAAAAUAAAGACCAUAAAACAAACAUGUAAUUUUACUGCAUUCAGGCCACAUUAAUAGGAAACUGAGGAGGACCACGACAUAACGUGUGCCUUUCAAAAUAAAAGACAUGUCAAACAUCAGAUGUGCAUUAAAUAUUUACUUUUUUGUCCAGCUGUUUGCGACCCAUCCAGAACGUGUCCGCGACCCACUUUUGGGGUGGGACCCACCAGUUGAGAACCACUGCUUUAUAAGGAAUGAUUCAGAUUAAACAUUGUCCAAAUAUUAACCACUAGAUCAACCGACUAAUAACCCCGAAGAACAAAGGGGACGUCUAAGUGAAGCUGCUCAGCUCUGUAUGAAAGGUCGAGGCGAUGUGAAUUAAUUUAGUUUAAUAAAGUUAUUUUAGAUCUUUGAACAGAGAAGGAUCAUCAAAAAUGAGCAAAAACAACAAAAGUUUAACAUUCACAAACGAUUAAAGAGGUCAUGUUGUAAAAGGGAAACGCUCUCUUUAACCGCCGUCGAUCUUCAAACAGAACUUUUUAAUCACGUUCCUCUAAACCUCUAAAGAACCGGUCCUCUCUGACACGAUCAGGUCGAAAACAUCUGCUGCUGCUUCACUCCGCUCACACGCUCUCAUACAGGGUCACAGCAGACACACGCCGACCUCUGAUUGGUCAGAAUCCUCAGGUGAAUCAUGUCCCACAGGAACCAGCCGAGCGUCAGAUAGAGCUCCGUGUCACAGUCCAACACUAUCAGAGAGUGUGUAUCUGUGUGUGUGUGUGUGUGUGUGUGUGUGUGUGUGUGUGUGUGUGUGUGUGUGUGUGUGCUCUCAGUGUGCUGACUCAGGCAUCUCGACCCUCCCCGUCUCACCUGCCAACAGGGUCAAAGGUCGCGCAGAUAAACGGCCAACAGUUAGCGUCAGAGUGCGGAUGUUCAGGAAGGUUUCUCUCUGACGGCUCUGCAGGCCUGACGCUGCGAUUACUGUCAGCCGGAGCUGCAAUUCAAUCAGCCUGCAAAACAUCCGCGCUGUACACAGAGCUGACCGCCUGCAUGCAGCUCUGACCGUCUGCACAACACACAGCUCUGACCGUCUGCACAUGCAGCUCUGACCAUCUGCACAAGCAGCUCUGACCAUCUGCACACAGCUCUGACCGCCUGCACAUGAAGCUCUGACCACUUGCACAACACACAGCUCUAACCGUCUGCACAAGCAGCUCUGACUGUCUGCACAUCUGCAGGAUGGAGGCUAAGUUGCUAACAGCCCGUUACCUCUGCUGUGACAUUUAUAAAGAAGAUUUAAAAAAUUAAAGUUUUCAUUAAAAAUCUAAAAAAAUUACAGUUUUUAUUGAAAAUGUAAAAAAUUUAGGCAUCAAUAAUAAAAAAAAAUUCAGGUUUUUAAUGAAAAUCAAAAAUAUCAAAGUUUUCAUUAAAAAUCUAAAGAAAUUUAAGUUUUUAAUUGAAAAUCAAAAAAAUUGAAGUAUUCAUUAAAAACCUAAAAUUCAAAGUUUUCAUUGAAAAUCUAAAAAAAAUUACAGUUUUUAUUAAAAAUCGAAAAAUCAAAGUUUGUAUUGAAAAUGUAAAAAAUUUAGGUUUUCAUCAAUAAUCUAAAAAAAUUCAGGUUUUUAAUGAAAAUAAAAAAAAAUGAAGGAUUCAUUAAAAACCUAAAAUUCAAAGUUUUCAUUGAAAAUGUAAAAAAUUUAGGUUUUUAUUUAUGAUCUAAAAAAUUUAAGGAAUUCAUUAAAAAUCUAAAAUCAAAGUUUUCAUCAAUAAUUUUAAAAAAUUUAAGUUUUUAUUAAAAAUCUAAAAUCUUCUUUUUGGUCAUAUUUCCCUGAAGACUCUGUCCUCCUGUCUUCGUCUCUUUUGUUGUUUCAGGAACAGAUUUGAGAUUUUAUUGAUCAGCUGAAAGACUGCAGACUAGAUCACUGACCUUUAGAGUCCUCCUGAACCUUUAGAGUCCUGAACCUUUAGAGUCCUCCUGAACCUUUAGAGUCCUCCUGAACCUCCUGAACCUUUAGAGUCCUCCUGAACCUCUGAACCUUUAGAGUCCUCCUGAACCUUUAGAGUCCUCCUGAACCUCUGAACCUUUAGAGUCCUCCUGAACCUCUGAACCUCAGGUGGAGGCGACCCUUCUCAAACAUUCACUCUUCAGUUUCCACACGUCUGUCCGUCCGUCUGUCCGUCCGUCCGUCUCAGACUCUCAGGUCGACGCUGACUCUCCUCCUCCUUCUUUGUCUCCUCCAGGUGAGGACGUCUGGUCGUACGCCAAGAAGCUGCCGCACUUAUUCCAGCAGGGCGGGGUCUUCUACAACAUCGUCAAGAAGGACAUGGGUACGUUUGUUUACGUCAGCUGACCCAGAGUGAGGCUCCGCCCACAGACCACAUGGUCAGAGUGACUGUUAAUAAAUCAUCAGCUGACAGAGAAUGAAAACAGAAGAAUGAGAAACAUUUGAAGGGCGCGGUGUUGGGCGUGUGGUUACUACUUCCUGUUAUGGAGUUUAAUUUUAACCCUUUGUCGUCCUCUCGUUAAGAUUGACUAAAUUAAAACUGUUUUAAUUGAUUUUCAUUAAUCUAAUUUUUUUCCCGCUCAGGUCUGAUGGACGGGAAACAUUGCACGCUGCCUCACCUGACGGGGAAAACCUUCGUGUAUAACGCCGCAGAGGAGCGUCUGGAGCUCUGCGUGGACGCCGCCGGUCACUUCCCCGUGGGUCCUGACGUGGAGGAUCUGGUGAAGGAGGCGGUGGUGCAGCUGCGCUCAGAGGCCGCCUCCAGAGGCAGCAGAGAGGGAAGCCCCUCCCACGGCGUGCUGCGUCUGGGCAGCGGGGGCGUGGUCAGGAAGAAGGAGCAGCUGCAGAACGUCACCGCCUUCCAGGGUAAAGGUCACUCUCUGGGCAGCGCCGGCGGCUCCUCCCCCCCAGAGCACCGGCCUAUCACACGCCAGCACAGCAGCGGCGUGGAUCUGAGCGCCAGCGUGUCCCGAGGCCCCCCAGACCUGUCGGACAUCCCCGAGGACACCACCAGGGAGCUGGUCCGCAUGGCGCCGGGCUUUGUCACCAUGAAGGACGGGCGCGGUCUGGACCCCAGCCUGAUGGAGCAGCAGAGGAGGAAGCUGCAGGAGAUGGUGUCCUCCAUCCAGGCCUCCAUGGAGCGCCACCUCAGAGAGCAGCAGAGCGCCACCGCCGCCACCGCCAGCCAGGAGAGGACAGGCGGGACUAAGACAGGCGGGAGCCAAUCAGCAUCGACAACCGCCGGCGAACCUCCAGCUGCAGCAGGUGCGACGGGAGGAGGGAAGGCGGAGGGGAAGGUGGAGGAACCGGAGGAGAUGGAGAGUCAGGACGCCGAGCAGAGCAACGCCACCGAGCCGAUGGAUCACUCCUGAUCUCUCCUGACCGCUCCGGACCCCCAGCUCUCCACCUCGCCGGCGCCUCGGGGCCGCGGCGCCUCAGGUGGGAUCCUCAAGCUUCGGUCUUCAUCGUGCUUCGUUGUCUUCAUGCAUGACGUCAGAGCGAGCCUCAGAGCGGGGCGGCGGCGGGCUGCGGCGACGGCGGGUUUAUUAAGACACGCCCACUAUGAUACAUCAUCAGGCUAAUGUGCGUGCGUGUUUAUGUGUGUAUGUGUGUAUGUGUGUGUGUGUGUGUGUGUCGCCUGAUGAUGUAUCACAAACAGCCGUGUGUCUAAACCGCCGCGCUGUGGCGGGACUGUCUGUUUAACCCCGUCAUCCCCACCUGAACAUCCUCGGCUGUAAAGACGCAGAGACAUCGCUCCGACUCGUGCGUGAGACGCAUUCCUGUAGAUAAAGAAGAAGAAGAAGAAGAAGAAGAAUCCUCUGAGUCUUAAUCUGCCAACGGGAGGACCGCUGCUGCUCGCCGCCGGCGGCGUCUCCUCCCGCAAACAUGCUUCCUUCUAAAAGUGCACGCUGUGAAAGUGCACUGGCCUCUGUACGCAUCGUCGCCUUCAUCGCUGAGAAAUCUGCUUCCCCACCUUCGAUCUGUCCGUCUGAGGAGCGCCGAGAGAACUCUGGACCCGCCCACCCGCCCGCCCGACUGACCGGAUCUGAAGUUUAGUUUCCAAACCUGCACGGCUGUUCUUUCAAGUUGACGUUUACUGACUUUGUCUUUCCAAAAAACUCACUGUGAGCGGCUGAGUUCAGCUCCAGGCUCACCUGCGCCCCCUGCAGGCGAGGAGAGGAACAGCAGCGGACGUGUUUCCCCCCCCUGCAGGUACAGAGAGUUUGAGUUUUCAUUUGAAGUUUGAGGUUUUUGUUUUUUCAGACCUCUUAAAGCGACACUCAGAUCGACCCCGGUGUUUCAGCAGAGGUGAAAUCUUCUCUCCUGCAGUGAAGAGACGAACCUCCAGGAGGUUUCUCCACCCUGCAGCUGUGGUUGGUCUCCUUAAAGGCUCAGGUUGUUGUUUAAAGUGUUCGACACUAAAGAUCCCAGCAGAGAUAUGUUCUAAAUAACUCCUCUGGAGACAGGAGCUGCAGGUCUAACUCCGCCCUCAUGACGCCGUUUGUUUUAGUUUCUGUUUUUCAAAAUUCGAUCAAAUCAGAUCAGGGAGUGAAGUCAGACCGGCCUGUUCGCCUGUUUUAGGGGUUUCUGUGUUAAACUGCCAUCGUGUUCAGCUUUAGUUCCACUUUUUAUCAGCAGGUGUGUUUAAAGUAAAUCUGAAACAUUAAAUUUGAUGGUUAUUGAGAAAUAAAACCUCUAAGUGGGUUAUUUGACUUUCUUUUGUUAAAGGGAUAUUCAGGCGUAAAAUUAAUUUAGGGUCAAACUCACUGUAACCCCGAGUUAGACCCCCCCUCCAGAGAUGAAUGUUGCCGACCGCUUUCUUCUCUAGUUAUACCAACUUUAGUAACGACCGCAGGAUAGAAAUACAGAGAGCCACGCCCUCAACCAAAACGCCACUCUAUAGCCACAGAUAAUGCUCAGAACAGCACCUAACUUCAUCAACAGGACAUAUAGGGUCACAGACAUAGUACUAUAUUCAGAGUUGUUCUAACUCCUAAGAAAACAUAAACUAAAGCGGGGGCGUUUCUCCACUUCUGUAGUCUAUAAGCUGGGCCAAUAAACUUCUACUGUAGUAAAAUGAAAAGGUAAAGGUGUUUUUUUAUUGAGCCGAAUUAUCAAUAAAAUCAUGAUUUUGUUAACAGGUAUGGAUUUAUGUGCUGUCGAGUUAAUAUAUUUGAACAAGAGCACAGUAAAGUUAAAUCAGCUAAUUUUACAAUGAGGUUCUGUUACUAAAGAGAAUCACACCAUGUUCUACUCAGGUAUAGGGUCCCAGCCAUAGUACUAGACACCAAACAUCUUUUUAACUUUGACUCAUUUCUUUAGCAAAGAGACUAAACACAACUCACCUUGACCAGUCUCUAAGUGGAGUUUCACAGCUCAAGGAAGAACAUUAAUGGACUGGCCUGAGGUCUCCCUACAAACAAGCGUCUGCUGGAAGAGAGUAGGUGAGUUGUGUUUAGUCUCUUAGUCAAAGUUAAAAAGAUGUUUGGUGUCUAGUUCUAUGUCUGUGACCCUAUAUGUUCUGUUGAUGUAGUUAGGUGCUGUUCUGAGCAUUAUUUGUGGCUAUAGAGUGGCGUUUUGGUUGGGGGCGUGGCUCUCUGUAUUUCUAUCCUGCGGUCGUUACUAAAGUUGGUAUAACUAGAGAAGCAAGCGGUCGGCAACAUUCAUCUCUGGAGGGGGGGUCUAACUCGGUGUUACGGUGUGUUUGACCCUAAAUUAAUUUUACGCCAGAAUAUCCCUUUAAAAGGUUGUGUCACACACAGACUGACAGACUGAAGUGAAGGUAGAUCAGCAGCUCCCGUCUUCUUGGAGAUCAAAUGAAUCUUUCUUUAGAGGUCUGUGGUGAUUUAACAGAUCUGAGGAUUCCCCCUCAUUAGAAAUUAACUGAAGAUUAAAAACAAAACAGCCAAAAACAGAAUAAACUAAAGUGUCGGUGCAGAGGUGGAGCAGCAGAUUUAGAUCUCCUAACCUCCUCCUCUCCUGUGACUUUGAGCUCUGUCUCUGCAGGAAUCCUCUCAGACUCUCAGAACAACAAUCUGAAGUUAUUUUCUUUAAAGCCUCCUCAUAUUAAAAUGUCGGAAUUACCCUUUAAAGACAAACUCGGAGCCGCAGUAACCACGGUAACCACACAGUUUGAUUGACAGGUCUGAGGUGUGAGCGAAGACCAAACUUUUACUGCCGACUCGUCAUGUCUGAGUCCUCGAACGUAGCCAAAGAAAAACCCGGUUUUGGUUUCGGACUCUCAGAUUUGGUUUCCUCUCCUAUGCAAAAAAAAAAAGAAAAAGAAAACAUGUCGCAGAACUUCCAAAAAAAACAGGCGACCCGGCUGACGGAGGGUCAGAGCAGAGGUGUGGGACUCCAUCGUCUUCUCUUUGGCGGGUUUUUCUCUGACAGGAAGCUGCAGACGUCUUUAAAAGCAACUUCUCUCCGUCUCAGGUCUUCAGAAAACAUCCGUUUGAUUUAGACUUUCCCAAAGUUUCCUCAGACCUCACUGCAGAGUUUUUUUAUUCUGAAUGUGGACGAGCCAGGAUACUUAAGUUUGUUUAACGGACUGAGAACACGGCUCUUUAAAUUUAAGUCUAAAUGAUGAAGUCUUUUUCAGAGAGCUUCAGUUUGAGUCUGACUGAUGUUGUUGGGUUUGACUGAACCUCCUGAGAUGUUUCUAAAGCUGCAGCAGGACAUUGUCUCUGAUUUCACGUCCGUUUUCUUCUUGAUUUAGUCGGUAAAUUUUGGACGUAUCGCUGACGUUUGAACUGAUUUUUAACAUUUAGAUUUCCACUUUAAAUCCGACUUCAUCGUCUGAUUCCUCGUCUUAUUCCCGCCGUCUGAAGGAAAUGCGUUUUUCUCAAAAUUAGCUGAAUAAUUCGCUGCAGCUUCAUCCUGUUUCUGUGAAGUUGUGAUUUGAUGCUAAUUAAGACGUCUGCAGCUUUUUCCACUGUGACUUUCCACCUCAUGCUCAGACGUCGGGUGUGUUAGCGGCAAAAACACCUGUUUAUCCUGCUAGCGUUAGCUUAGCUUAGCAUCGGGUCAGCCAGCUAUCCUCUCUGUUUUAACAAAAAAGAGCGAAAAACAACCUUUACUUUCAUGAUUUCACGUUUCGCUGCUGACUUUGUGCUACGCUGAGCUAAGCUAGUUAGCAGUUAGCGGUAGCGCCAUAAUAACGACACAGGCGUAUAUCGUAAAAAGGUGAACUGCUCCUUUAAAAUGAUAAAAUCCAGUUUACACUUUAGUUGCCAACAGACAGUUUUUCUCUCACGGUGCUGCUGGAGGAACUCAUGGUCAGGCCUUAAAAUCCCAUUUUUUACUCAAAUUAAUCGUUUUUUUUGUUGUUGUUGUUUUUACCUCAAACUUUUCUUAAAAUCCGAUUUCUGACCUGUAAAGACAUCUUAGUUUGACGUUCUUGUUUCUUUUGGUUUCGGUGGUAAAUCAGCUCAGAAUGUGACUCUUGCGUUUUUUUUUUCGGCUCUCUGAGGUUUAGUUUGUCGUCGGGACUCGGCACUUUGAGAAAAAGCGGGAACGUUAGCGCAGCAUGCUGGCGUUGGAGUGGUGGCGUGAGAAGGAAGAACCUGCUGUAACAGACUUGAAGUUUUUUUCUUUGUGACUGCUGUACUAAUGAAUUGUAAUCCAGUUGUAUAAUAGUAUAUAUUGUAGUAUAUUUGGACCUGUACAGAAACUACAGAAACACAGAUUGUUCAGUUCCUUGGGCUUGUUUUUUUUUUGUUAACUUCUCUCUGGUUUGCUAAUAAAAUAUCGAUGAUACACGGCUUCGACAUCGCUGUUUGCAUGUGUGAUGGAUUUUCAACCCCAACAAUAAAAUCACUUCCUUCACUUGUU